CUAACGCGGAAGUGCUCUAUCAGCAGCAACAACAACAUGACCCGUGCACAGUAAACACUGCUUUGAAACAUAAGUAUAUUUUAGUUGGUUUUUCUGCAGCAUGGUUCGCUGCUUCCUGAUCCACACAGUGUGCCCGGUCAAUGCUCUCGGGGCCGGGGAGAGUCGGGUGCUUUACUGCCGGGUCUUCGGUCCAGAUGAGAGCCUCUUCACCGACCAGGAGCGGGAGUUCAGCCCGGAGGAGAGGCGGGUUCUGCAGAGGGAGCAGACCGCGGUGGUGGCACGGCAGGUGCACAGCGCGGCCUCUCUCUCCCGGGGGGCCGCGGGCCGCCUGCUGAUGGAGGCGCUCCCCGGGGAGGAGGCGCUGGCGCUGCAGGAGGCCGACAGCGGGGUGCUGCGGCUCAGGGCCGGAGACCCCUUCCCCGAGGAGAUGAGCGCUCUGUGGCUGGGGGUCCAGAGCCUGGGCUUCACGCUGGUCUGCGAGCCCCACGAGAACCUCCUGCUGGCCGAGGGGACGCUGCGGACCCUGACCCGACACUGCCUGGAGCACCUGCACCUGCUGGGGCCCGGCAGCGAGGUCCUUCUGAGGAGCGACCGCAUCGACGCUCUGCUCAGCCGCCUGCUUCCUCACGGCCAGCUCCUCUUCCUCAACCACCGCUUCGCCCACAGCCUGGAGAAGGAAGUGGCAGCUUACAUGACAAAGUGACCCAAAAAUACCCGCUGUUCGACUUCCUGUUUGAACUCAUUACUGCCAGUUGUUCUCCACUGGAGACAUCUCUGCGGCAGGAGAAGAAGAGCGGACUGCUGGCAGCUGAUUGGUGGUGAACUCACAGCGAGGUAAAUAUCUGCCUCAGCCACUUGCAGCUGAGUGUUGACUGUUUACUGUGUGGGAGGCUUCAGUUCAAAUCCUGUUUGUGAAAUUGAAGAGUGGAGAGGAAAAUGUGGCAGAUUAAAGAGUGCAGCUGAAGAGGCCGGUUAAAACGUCCUCGUCAACAUCACAGCAGCUGUUAUCUGAUUCUCCGUGCUCCGAGCGACUCUGUGUGACCUUCAGGAGCAGACUGAAGGAUCCUGGGAGUUUCACUGUGGUUUCUAUUGCACCUUUUAAAAAGCAGGAUCAAACAUUCAACCUGCUUUAAUGCACUGCAUAGUGCGAUUCAUUUCAUAGCAACAAACAGCAGGAAUGGAAAAAACAACAAGAUUGAUGAAGCUUUUUCCUCCGCCUCCCCCCCUCCUUUUUUCUAAAUGGUUGUAUGCCGUACAUAAUGUGAUGAAUCUCAUAUAGUAACACACAGCAGAAAUGGAGCAAAUAAAUAUAAUUUAGAGCUUAAAACGUCCUUAUUAUUGAGACAUCGACACAUCUUUUGUUCCUGGAAAGUAGGAGGAAACCCAUGUGUUAAAGGUGGGGUAGGUAAUUCACUUCAGAAACACUUCUUGUUAUAUCUCAUGGAAUGCUCUUAACAUCCCGAUAGCAAUGAAUAUAUUAAAUGCUUUGACAAUAAAUACAUAACAAAAUGUCAUCUGUGGAAGCCGUGGCGCUGUAAAAAGCACGACCAAUCAUCUGAGCCGGCCCGGCUAAAGUAACUGGAUGGCCUACCUGCCUGUCAGCCUUCCAUCUGUGCACAAACUUAUCUCGUGCCCUCAUUGGUCAUGUGCGCGAACGUGUGUGUUGGAGGAGGGGCUCUGUGAGGAAGUCUGAAGGAAGGGGCAGAUUUAUUUCGGCUGCGUACUUUCAAAUUCUAGCGCACUCGAGCUGGUUUCUCCAUUCUUACCUACCCUACCUUUAAGUAUUUAUGCAUUACAAAUAAUGCUUCAUUGCAUAGUAACAAACAGCAGAAAUGGAGAAAGUAUAACACGUUUGACCCAAAAAUAGACAAUAUUCUUUAGACAUAAGCACGUUAUUGUUCUUGAAAAAUAGUAGGAAACUAGGUAUUUGGUGACUUUCAUGGUGUUAUUCAUCUCAUAGUAACAUACAGCAGGAAUGGAGAAAAAAAAAAUAUAACAUUUAGAACAAAAAAAGUUAUUAUUAUUGACAUUUUAAGGACAAUAUGAUGGCAGGAAGUAACAUCAAAUGUUUUAAUAAACUAAAUUAAAGAUAUGCAGAGAUGCCAGCAUGCAGAAUAGGACAAAAACAAAACGGGAAUAAAAAACAAAAUGGAAACUUCCAGACACAACAAUUACAAAUGUAUUCCUGUACCUGAACAUCUGUUGUACCUCCGACUACCCCCCCAUCCCCCCCCCCCCCCAUCAUGAAGCCAGACUCCCCUACUCCUCCUCCUCCUCCACAUCCUUCUCCUCCUCCCCCUCCUCCUCCUCCUGAUUCUGUCUGGGUGCCAGCAUCAAUUGCUUUGAUCUUCUCAUUUUUUUCCCCAAA